UCUACCUGAGCUGACUGGAGCUCCUCCUCUGCUCGAGCGCUGGAUGGUGGAUCAUGUGUCGGUUCGGCAGGGUGGUCCUUCAGGCUGUUCAUUGAGGAGGAGGAAAGUGUGUCCAGAUGCCAGAGAGCACAGCUGUGCCGCGUGAACGCGCGUGAGACGCUCCAGAACCGAGAAAAACGCACACGGAAAGUCGCGCAUCGAGAAAACGCGUCCAACAAUCGCCGAGGACUGUGAAAUGUCUCGACACUCGGUUCGGAGGAGAUCCAGCAAACUUGGAACGAAUGAUUUUGCAACUUGUUGAUGUUUGGUGGGGCGCGUGAAGCCGCUGUUUACUUCUGAGCAGCACCAUGACCUCUCCUGUCAACAGGUAAGAGCAGAACAUCAGGAGAACCGAGAGAAACCCGGGAUUAUCUGGACUCUGAAGUUUACCAUGUGGACCAGACGAGACUGAAGAGAGGAUCAUGUGUGCCGAACCUGAACUCUUCUGAUCUCACUUAUUAUAUUGUGAUAUGAUGGCCUCGGAGGUGGUGUGUGGACUCAUCUUCAGACUCAUCCUGCCCGUCUGCCUCGCCGCAGCAUGUUUGUUCCGGUACAACUGGCUGUCCUUCGUCUACCUCAUCUACCUCUUACUCAUCCCGCUCUUUGCCGAGCCGACGAAGACAACAAUGCGAGGCCACACGGGGCGCUUGCUGAAAGCUCUGUGUCUCACCAGUAUGACGUUCCUGCUGCUGCAUCUCAUCUUCCAAAUCACAAUCAACAGCCUGAUAGCAGGAGACAACAUUGAGCCGCACUUCAACUGUUCAUCAUGGGAGAGAUCAAUACGGCAGUUGGGUUUCGAAAGCGUCCGAGGCGCAGACGCCGGGAACGGCAUCCGAGUGUUCAUUCCCGACAUCGGCAUGUUUGUCGUAGGCCUGGUCACGUGGCUUCUGUGCCGCAGUCUGGAGAAGCCGCCGCUGAAGGACGUGUCGCAGCACAACAGCGACUUUGAGGUGGACGACCAGGAAAAGGAGGAUGAAGAAGAAGACAAGAAAAGUGAGAAGCAGGAUCUUGAGGAUGAGCUGCUGUUCGAAGACUUCGAGCUGGGCGAGGAAGAGUGUGCACUUCCUGAGGAGGAGGAAGCGGACGCGGAGGACGCAGAACUCGAGGAGGCCGACGGCGGAGAAAGUACCAAAAUGAGGAUCCUGCGGCAGAUAGCAGACGUGGCGUCCAAACUCAAAGAAAUCAUUGGCAAUCUGAUUACCACUGCAGGAAAAGUAGUCAUAACCAUAUUAUUGGGCCUCACAGGGAUGAUGCUGCCGUCUUUGACCUCCAUCGUGUAUUUCUUAACCUUCCUGGGCCUGUGCACCUGGUGGUCUUUCUGCCGCACCUUCGACCCGCUCCUCUUCAGCUGUCUGUGCGUCCUCAUGGCCAUCUUCAGCGCCGGACACCUCAUCAUGCUCUACCUCUACCAGUUCCAGUUCUUCCAAGAGGCCGUUCCGCCCGGAAACAGUUACGCCAGUCUGUUUGGCAUAUCUCCUGUGGUUCAGACGGACUGCUCCCACACCUGGAUGUUCAGAGUGAACUCUGACCUGCAGUGGCACCACUUUGUCAAUCCCAUCAUGCUCUUAGUGCUGUAUUACACUCUGGCCACACUCAUCCGCCUGUGGCUGCAGGAGUCAGAAGACGUGCAGGUCAGAGAGAAAGAGGUCGAGGUCGAGGCAGGAGAGGAACCAGAAUCUCCUGAAAGCAAUACUGCCGUUUACACCGCAGACAGGAAAAGGCAGCUGUGGCGAAUGGCACACUAUCGCACAGAUGAGAGAAAUCUGCUCACCGCACAGGAUGGCUACAGCUCACCCGAGGUGUUGAUCGUCACAUCUAACGGAGCUUCGCUGGACUUCACGUCAGUCGCUCAUGAGAACGGACCGAAGUCUGUGGAGCUCUACUCAACCCCUCACUAUAAACCAGGCCAGCCUGAGCCUGAACCACAGAAAAUGGACUGCGGUGUUUACAAGAUCGACUCGACGUAUGUUGAGCUGUCCGAGGUUCCCCAGUCGUUUGGUGUUGUCCGUGUGAACUCGGCGGUGAAGGCCUUCAGGUUUAUCAUGAAGCAGAGCUACAUCUGCGCUCUCAUUGCAAUGAUGGCUUGGAGCAUCACGUACGUGAGCUGGCUGACCUUCGUCUUCCUCAUCUGGUCGUGUACUCUGUGGAUGGUGAGGGACCGGAGGAAAUAUUCAAUGAUCACCUCUCCAUUCAUGGUGUUUUAUGGGAACUUGCUCAUCAUCCUGCAAUACAUCUGGAGCUUUGAGUCACUGCAGCCGGUGCCUGGGCUCUUCCUGAAGAAAGAAGUGCCCUUCCGGGAACUGGGAUCUAAAACUCUGUGCCUCCUCAGUUUCUGGCUGCUGGUGAGACAGUUUUUGACUGAGAGGAGAGAGAGACAGACAGAUGAAACCCAGCUGUCUGACGUCAAGGUGGAGGGACGCACACAUGGUGAGAGAGACGAGGGGUUGGAGGACGAGGCCGGCGGACACCGAGAGAUGAUGGACGUGUUGGGCAGCACAGUCAUGGCCAUGCUCAACAAAUACUGGAUUUACAUCUGUGGAGGAAUGUUCUUCUUCGUUAGCUUUGAGGGACGCAUCGUCAUGUACAAGAUCAUUUACAUGAUGAUGUUUCUCUUCUGCGUAGCACUUUAUCAGCUGCACUAUGAGCGGUGGCGAUGGAUGUUGAAGUACUUCUGGAUGUCAGUGGUGGUCUACACCAUGCUGGUGCUUAUUCUGGUCUACACGUUCCAGUUCGAGUCCUCCAUAAAUGUGUGGUCCAACAUGACUGGCAUGAGCAGAGAGAAGCUGGAAGAUCUCGGUCUGGAGAAAUUCUCUGUUCCUGCUCUGUUCACACGGAUCUUCAUUCCCACUUCUUUCCUGCUGGUUUGUAUCCUGCAUCUGCACUACUUCCACGAGCGCUUCCUGGAGCUCACCGACAUCAAAUCUGUGGCCGACAAACAGAAGAGCACUAUCUCCAGGCUGGUGCAUCUGGAUGGCAGUCUGGUGGAUAUCUCCAUGGUCAAACCUACGCUCAACUCCAGCGUAAACGAGGAGGAGGUUGAGGAGAGAAUAGACCUGGAGAAGGAGGAAGAGCAUCUUAAACAAAUGGACGAGGAGGAGAUUUCGGAGCCACACGUCAUUUCUGAAAGCUACACCUGCCAGAUGAUGCCAGAUCCAGUGCCAGACCAGGGAUCAGAGCUGAGGAAUAAAUGGCACCUGGUGGUGGAGCGUCUGACGGUGCUGUUCCUGAAGUUCCUGGACUAUGUGCAGAAGCUGCAGCUCUUCAUCUGGUGGCUGCUGGAGCUUCACAUCAUCAAGAUCGUCUCCUCCUACAUCAUCUGGGUCUCAGUCAAAGAGGUGUCGCUGUUUAACUACGUGUUCCUGGUGAGCUGGGCCUUUGCGCUCCCUUUCAGUCAGUUCAGACCGCUGGCGUCCAGCGUCUGCACCAUCUGGACCUGCGUCAUCAUCGUCUGCAAAAUGCUGUACCAGCUGACCUCCAUUAACCCUUCCACGUACUCAAAAACCUGCAAUAUGCCUGAUAACUACACAGAGGCUCAGAGGAUGGACAUGGCCAAGUCUCUUCUCUACAACGGUUCGGUGGAUCCAGCCAACUGGAUCGGUCUCAGGAAGUUCUCUCCGUUACUGGAGAAUCUGAGGAAUAACUUACUGAUGCUGGCUUUAUUGGCGUUUGAGGUGACAAUUUACCGUCACCAGGAUUUCUACCGUAUGAAAAACAACCUCACCCCUCCAGUCACAAGAACCAUUUUUCACAACAUCACGCGCCACCAUUUGGACGACGGCAUCAUCAACUGUGCCAAAUAUUUCAUCAACUACUUCUUCUACAAAUUUGGUCUUGAGACCUGUUUUCUGUUAGCGGUGAAUGUGAUCGGCCAGAGGAUGGAUUUCUAUGCCAUGCUGCACGCGUUCGGUCUGAUUGCGGUGAUGUAUCAGCGCAGGAGGAAAGCCAUCGCCCACGUCUGGUCCAAGUAUUGCUGCUUCCUGGGCUGCAUGCUCGCCUUCCAGUACCUGAUGUGCAUCGGCAUCCCUCCUGCCGCCUGCACGGAUUAUCCGUGGAGACACCCGUCCUCCAGCAUGGACUCCAACGUCAUCAAGUGGCUCUACUUCCCAGACUUCCACACCAAACCCAACUCCCUCUUCCUCCUCUAUGACUUCAUGCUGCUGCUGUGCGCGUCGCUGCAGGGCCGUGUGUUCGAGGAGGAGAGCGUGACGGCCGUGCAGCUGCUGGCCGGUGAUAAUGUGGAGAUCUGUCGAGAUCUGGACGCCGCCAGCUUCAGCCAGCACAACCCUGUGCCGGACUUCAUCCACUGCAGGUCGUAUCUGGAUAUGCUGAAGGUGAUCAUGUUCAGCUACCUGUUCUGGUUCGUCCUGACCAUCAUCUUCAUCACGGGCACCACACGCAUCAGCAUCUUCUGCAUGGGUUACCUGGUCGCCUGCUUCUACUUCCUGAUUUUUGGGGGCGAGCUGUUACUGAAGCCAAUCAAAAGCAUCCUUCAUUACUGGGACUUCCUCAUAGCGUACAACGUGUUUGUGAUCACCAUGAAAAACAUUCUCUCAAUAGCGGCCUGUGGAUAUAUAAAAGCGCUGGUGGCGAAUCACUGCUGGCUGAUCCAGUUGUUCAGUCUGGCCUGCACUAUAAAAGGAUAUUCAAAACCGGAGCAGCACGCACACAAACAGUGUGAGUUGCCGAGUGACGAGGCCGGGAUCAUCUGGGACAGCAUCUGCUUCGCGUUCCUGCUGCUGCAGAGGCGAGUGUUCAUGAGCUACUACUUCCUGCAUGUUGUGGCCGACAUCCGUUCCUCUCAGGUCCUGGCCUCCAGAGGAGCGGAGUUGUUUCAGGCGACCAUUGUGAAGGCAGUGAAAGCCAGAAUAGAAGAAGAGAAGAAGUCCAUGGAUCUGCUGAAGAGACAGAUGGACCGCAUCAAGAGCCGACAGCAGAAGUUUAAGAGGGGGAAAGAGAGGAUGUUGUCUUUGGCUCAGGAAAGUGGGGAAAGUCACUCAGUAGUGAAGGAGGAAGAGGAGGAUGAUGAUGAAGGAGAGGCCAGAAAACAGAAGAAGAAAGGCAAGAGGAAGCAGUGGUGGAAGCCGUGGGUCGAUCAUGCGUCCAUGGUUCGAAGUGGCAAUUAUUACUUAUUUGAGACCGACAGUGAGGAAGAGGAGGAAGAGGAGGACAAAAAGGAUGAAGAUCCUCCCAAAAGAUCAGCGUUCCAGUUUGUGUAUCAUGCCUGGAUAACGGACUCGAAAACCGCCAUGAAAGAGCGGAGCAAGGAAAGACGGAGAUUCUGGCAAAGGUACACGGAGAGCAGCGCCACCAAGAAGGAGCAGAAGGAAGUGCAUGUGGCCAUCGAGGAGGGCGAUCCGGAGGAAGCUGUUGCGGAGGAGGAGGUGUCUGAAGGUCCAGAUAACAUCCUGAAACGAGUGUUUAACAUCGUCAAGUUCUCCUGGGUGCUUUUCCUGGCCCUGUUGGACAGUUUCACCGCCUGGCUCAACUCCAUCUGCCAGGAGCACAUCGACAUCUCCACCGUCCUGCGCAUCGAGCGCUGCAUGCUCACUCACGAGGUCAAGAAGGGGAACAUCCCGUCUCGGGACAGCAUUCACAUGUACUACCAGAGGCAGAUGUGCGGGCCGGCGUCCACUCCAUCCAGCCUGGACCGGACGGAGGACGUGUGCUCGGACUUCAGCCCUCUGCGGAGCGACCUUCCACCGCACGCUUACGGGACGGACGAUCUCUCUAGAGAAAACCUGUCCAGUGUUUACCCAGAAUCCACUGCGGUGUACGAGUCCACGCCGGACCAGGCUGAGGAAACCGCUGACCGCGUCCUCAGAACCAGCCAGAGACCUCGACCCCGCCUGUGCCGACUGCCCAGUGUGGACCUGCAGUCGUCGUCUGCGGACAGCGCAGCGUCGAGUGAACACACGCGGUGCACGGAGCUGUACUCGCGGCAGGGCACCGGCGACACCGCUGAGGAGGCCGUGAGCGACCGAGAGCAUCCGCACAAACUCUGGAGCAGCGCUUCGGAGCUGCCGCCUCCCUCGCCUCGGGCAGCCGCCGCAGACUGGGACAGAGCGCUCGCCGCCGACAUCCCUCCGUCCUACAGUAAAGCCACGGGCCUGGACUCAGUGGGAGACGCUGACGGCAGGAGGCUGAGGAUCCAAACGCCCGACGAGAAGUCCGGCUGUCACAGUCGGUCUCUGCUCUCCACGAGCCAUCAGCUGACAGCCAGCGAGCUGCUGCGGAGCAGGAUGUUCUAUGACGAGGAUCUGGAGGAGUCGGAGCACUUCUACCGCUCUCAGCCGCAGUUCCUCCAGCUCUGCUACGCUCUCUAUAACAUGCUGGUGGCUCAUUCUGAGAUGGUGUGUUACCUGGUCAUCAUCCUCAACCACAUGAUCUCUGCGUCCGUGGCCACGCUGGUGCUGCCCAUCCUCAUCUUCCUCUGGGCCAUGCUGUCGGUGCCCCGGCCCAGCAAACGCUUCUGGAUGACGGCCAUCGUCUACACGGAGGUCACCAUAGUGAUAAAAUACUUCUUCCAGUUUGGCUUCUUCCCAUUUAACCAAACCAUAGAGCGGGACAAAUCCAAACCGUUCCACCCGCCCAACAUCAUCGGUGUGGAGAAGAAGGAGGGAUAUGUCCACUACGACCUGGUCCAGCUCCUCGCGCUCUUCUUCCAUCGCUCUAUUCUGAAGUGCUACGGACUGUGGGAUGAAGAUGAGCCCAGGUCAGGUGGUCAAACGUCAGUCUCUCACCACGAUUCGGACGGUGAAGAGAGAGCCGAGAGGAGCGCCGCUGACGCCUCGGUGUCGGCACACGUACGGCUGCCCAGAAAACAGUCCCAGAGCGGCUCGGCGGUGCGGCGUCAGAGCUCCAGCGUGUCCCAGCGCUCGGCCCGCUCUAAAGCAGACAGCAGGGCGAGUGUGCGUCGCUCUCUGAGCGCUCUACAGAAAACCCGUAAGGAACUCGUUCUGGAGAAGCUCAGAGAACAGCUGAUCAAAGCGAAGCGCUUCACCGUCAAAACGAUUCUGGAUAUCUACAUUCCCAUCCGGCAGUUCUUCUAUAACCUGAUCCACCCGGAGUACAGCGCUGUGACGGACGUCUACGUGCUCAUGUUUCUGGCCGACACGGUCGACUUCAUCAUCAUCGUUUUCGGAUUUUGGGCCUUCGGGAAACACUCUGCUGCUGCUGACAUCACUUCCUCCCUGUCAGAAGACCAGGUUCCUGAGGCGUUCCUGGUGAUGGUGCUGAUCCAGUUCGGCACUAUGGUGGUGGAUCGCGCGCUGUAUCUGAGGAAGACCGUGAUGGGAAAGGUCAUCUUCCAGGUCAUCCUGGUCUUCGGCAUUCACUUCUGGAUGUUCUUCAUUCUCCCAGGAGUCACUGACAGGCGUUUCAGUCAGAACACGGUCGCCCAGCUCUGGUACUUUGUGAAGUGCAUCUACUUCGGUCUGUCGGCCUAUCAGAUCCGCUGCGGAUACCCGACCCGCGUGCUGGGAAACUUCCUGACCAAGAGCUAUAAUUACGUCAAUCUCUUCCUCUUCCAGGGCUUCCGGUUGGUGCCGUUCCUGACGGAGCUGCGCGCGGUGAUGGACUGGGUCUGGACCGACACCACGCUCAGCCUGUCCAGCUGGAUCUGUGUGGAGGACAUCUACGCUCACAUCUUUGUGCUCAAGUGCUGGAGAGAGUCAGAAAAAAGGUAUCCUCAGCCACGCGGACAGAAGAAGAAGAAGGUGGUGAAGUACGGGAUGGGCGGGAUGAUCGUGAUGCUGCUCAUCUGUAUCGUCUGGUUUCCUCUGCUCUUCAUGUCUCUGGUCAAAUCUGUGGCCGGAGUCGUCAACAAACCGCUGGACGUGUCCGUCACCAUCACGCUGGGCGGCUUUCAGCCCAUCUUCACCAUGAGCGCACAGCAGAAUCAGCUGAAGGAAAUCACCAACGCAGAUUUCCAGGCGUUCAUGACAUCGUACAAGUUCCUCCCUAGUGCACAGCAGUUUUUGGAGGCGUACACCGCGGAGGACGUGACCGUGGCGGAGCUGGAAGGAAGCUCCAACUCUCUGUGGACCAUCAGCCCUCCCAGCAGGAAGAACCUGAUGGACGUCCUGAGCAAAGAGGACCAGUUUCCUGUGACCAUGUCCUGGAGCAUCCAAAGGAAUCUGAGUCUGGGAGCGAAGGCUGAGUUUGCAGUGGACAAACACGUGACCUAUCUGGACAUGAACACCAGACAGGAGCUGAUCGCUUUACUCAAUGGAACCAGGAAUAAGGCUGUGGUCAUCGAGAAAGUGUUUCCCUGCUUUAUUCGAGCACCGAGCGACUCAAACGCCAAACCCAUAGAUCAGCUUUAUGCAGAUGGCAGUUAUAAGAGCGUUCUGCUGGACCUGGAGAGGUCUCAAAACGCCAGCGAACAGAUUCAGGAGUGGUGGAUUGUGGACCAGCCGUCGACAGAGAAGAUCCACAUGAGAUCCGAGGCAAAGCUGGAGAAGAAGAGCGAGGCGGGGCUGCAGCUUUACGUCUUCAGUGAUAAAGUCAGUCCUCCCAGCCUGGGCUUCCUGGCAGGAUACGGCAUCAUGGGCCUCUACGCAUCCGUGGUGCUGGUGAUCGGGAAGUUCGUCCGUGAGUUCUUCAGCGGCAUCUCGCACUCCAUCAUGUUCGAAGAGCUUCCAUGUGUGGACCGCAUCCUCAAACUCUGCACCGACAUCUUCCUGGUGCGGGAGACGGGCGAGCUGGAGCUGGAGGAGGACCUGUACGCCAAACUCAUCUUCCUCUACCGCUCGCCAGAGACCAUGAUCAAAUGGACGAGGGAGAAGACCAAAUGAGCCUCUGGGAUCGCGUGGAAACCCCAGGAAGGAAGCGUCCGCAUCACUAAGACUGUGAGAAACGAAUGACCUCGCUGCGACAAUGUGACCCGCAGGUGAGACCCAAGUGUCCUGGUUGAGACGAGACUUUCAGGAGCUGCUGGGAACUGAGGCUAUACUGCGCUCUUCUGGGAGAUGAUAAUCGUGCGCUGUGCAAUAUACUGUCCUGGCGGCCGGCUGUAAACUUGAACAAAGAAAGACACUAGGCACUUUUUCCUCAGAGACAACUGGACCCACAAGUGCUUGGGUUCUUCAAGACUGCGUAACGUUAAACGCAUGAUCUAUCCUAGCUUGAUUUUUAGGCUUGAACGAGGACUGGAGCGUUCUCAGGAUCGGUGUACUCUCGUCAGACGAUCUUUACUGACUCGUCAGGGUCUGUGGUGUGACUGUGGAUCAGCGUCAUGAGCAUAAAGCACAUUCUGGAAA